CAGAUAGUAUUUUGGGGAAUUAAUUAAAAAACAUCCAAAAGGCCAAGCGGGUGGCAAUAAAAAGACCUAGACGUCAACGGUCGGUCAACAGUUUCAGACGCGCCACCAACAUGAAAUACUUCAACCUGCUGCUCAGCCUCUGCCUGGUGUUCAUGCUGUGCUCCUCGUGGGUCGCGGCCUUCUCCAGCCUUGCCACUCCGAACCCAACCCCGCCGACUGGUGCUCCCGUCGACAACAACGCACCUAGCUCCGUCCAAGGACCUCCGACGGCCGAACCCACGAAUGCCACCCCAUUAAUGAGCACUAUCUAUCCCCUCUACGGUGCCUAGAGUCAUGGUCAAUUUAUGAAUUAAAAAUUCAACUGCAAUUAUAAUUAAAUACGUGUAAUCUUCA